CCUCGGACUCGGAGCUGACCUGCUGAGGGCAGUGUUACUGGGGCGGCGCUGCCAAGCUCCCCCGAUACCCAGCACGGCUCCCCCUCCCCGGGCCUCCACUUGCUCGCCCGCGAGUCCCCUCGCCUCGCGAGCCUCGGAUCUGAUAUCGUGAGGUGAGGUGAGGUGAGGUGCGAGCAGGCCCGGGGAGGGUGGUGACUGCUGAGGAGCCUUAUUCGCGAGCAAGAUGAUAGAGGUACUGACAACUGACUCGCAGAAACUGCUACACCAGCUGAAUACCCUUUUGGAACAGGAGUCGAGAUGUCAGCCAAAGGUCUCCGGCUUGAGACUAAUUGAGUCUGUACAUGAUAAUGGCCUCCGAAUGACAGCAAGGCUAAGGGACUUUGAAGUAAAAGAUCUUCUUAGUCUAACUCAGUUCUUUGGCUUCGACACUGAGACAUUUUCUCUAGCUGUGAAUUUAUUGGACAGAUUCCUGUCCAAAAUGAAGGUACAGCCUAAGCACCUUGGGUGUGUUGGGCUGAGCUGCUUUUAUUUGGCUGUAAAGUCUGUAGAAGAGGAAAGGAAUGUCCCACUGGCAGCUGACUUGAUCCGGAUAAGCCAGUAUAGAUUCACAGUUUCAGACUUGAUGAGAAUGGAAAAAAUUGUAUUGGAGAAGGUGUGCUGGAAAAUCAAAGCUACUACUCCCUUUCAGUUUCUGCAACUCUACUAUUCACUCAUUCAAGAGAACUUACCAUUUGAAAGGAGAAAUAGCCUUAAUUUUGAAAGACUAGAAGCUCAAUUGAAGGCAUGCCACUGCAGGAUUAUAUUUUCUAAAGCAAAGCCUUCUGUGCUAGCGUUGUCUAUCAUUGCUUUGGAGAUUCAAGCACAGAAGCGAGUGGAGUUGACCGAAGAAGUAGAAUGUCUUCAGAAACAUUCCAAGAUAAAUGGCAGAGAUCUGACCUUCUGGCAAGAGCUCGUAUCCAAGUGUUUAACUGAAUAUUCAUCAAACAAGUGUUCCAAACCCAAUGUUCAGAAGUUGAAGUGGAUUGUUUCUGGGCGCACUGCACGGCAACUGAAGCAUAGCUUCUACAGAAUAACCCACCUUCCAACAAUUCCUGAAUUGGGUCCUUAAUGGGAUUAUUCCAGCAACCAAAAAACACUUCUCUGAAGGCUUUCUCUACAAUCCUGAGCUGUGGAUUCAUGAUAUUAUAGUGGAUUUAAGCUGUGAAGCCUCUAAACAUCACAACUAGAUUAGCAUUGAUGUUCUCAGAUUUGGGAAAACUGUCUAUCUGUAGUACUGGAAUUACUCCUAGAUUUGAAUUCAUCCAUGAGGUAUAGAAAUCAAAGCUAAGAGCAUAAAUGUGAAAAUGGUGAUAAGCCUGGGAAGGUAAACUGUGAAUGUUUAUUUCUAAUACUGAUAUAACUUUCUAUAUUGGGUCAAUAUAUUAUGGUUAGGUGGUAUUCAAAACGGUAACCUACUUAAAUUAUGAGGUUGCAUCAAAGCCAACAUUUCACAAAUGCACUUUUAAGGCAUAAUAAGGGUCACUAUUCUAAGCAGUGUAAAUGGUUUCUUGGCAUUCAGAAAUUAAGUAAUAUAUAAUCCAGAGAUGUGGAACUACAUGAAUUGCAUUUAAGCUUGAGGGCAUUUUAUAUAGUACAAACUACAUACCUAGUAAUUUUGGCAUAUUAAGUUGUAUUUAGUAUUUUCUUUCUAGAAAAUUUUUGUUUGUAUCCAACAAAAUUUUAUAUAAAACUUACUGCCUCAACCUAGUCCAAUAUUAGUUUUAUUCUAUUAGUAACUCAGAAUAAAUCAAUUUCUGAAAACAUGAUUUAACACUCCAGAACUUUUUCCUAAGGAUUGCUUUUAUAAAAUCAUUGCUGCUCCUAAUUAAAAUUUUAAAUAAAAAACAGAAGAAAAUGUAUUUUCACUAAUUGCCCCAACGUUUCUGUAAGCAAAACAAGCAAAGCAGGCAUCUUCAUGAUGAUGAAAUUGUUGAGAUAGUGUUCUGUCAGGUCGGUGAAUGUAAGAGGAUUGGCUAUGUUAAAGGUGUAAGUGGUUACUGGUCAUUGCAACGUGCAGCUGAUUAUGCCAUCAUGUUCUUGGUAAAGAUGUACUCAACAAAGAACCAAAGAACCAGAGUAUAUAUUACACUUUUGUAAACCAUGUUUUGUGGGUAACUUCCGUUUUCCCCACAGGUUGACAAUAUUUCAAUAUUUUUAAUACAUCAGUGUUAAUGUUUGAGUUGACAGAGGUAACCUAAUCAGCUCCCAUUAUGCUUUGGUACUAAGGGAUAUACCUUUCAAUAAAAUCAUUGGAUUGAAUCCCUUC